GGUGAACGCCCGGACGUUACGGAGCUCAUGAAUUCAUCCUCUCCAUCACCUGUCCCCAAAUAAACAAGGCAAGGCAAGGCAACGCAUGCAUAUAUAAGCAGCAGGCGGACGGAGCUAGCUCGCCGGCAAACACCAAAUCGAACCACAUGCCAACGACGACGACGACGGCGACCAGCGGCAGGGGUUGCGGGAGGAGCAUGACGGGCGCGUUGCUGGUGUUGCUACUGGCGCUGCUUGGCCGGCCGUCUCCGGCGAGGGCGCAGCUGGGGGACGCCCACAAGUGCCGGGACACGUGCCUGGAGGGGUGCACCGGGUGGGUGGUGGUGUGCCACAUGUCGUGCGCCAGCGCCUGCGCGGGGGCCGGCGGCAUCGGCAUCAUGAGCAUCGACAACGGCAUCCCGCCGGACCACCCCAACCCCGACGAUCUCCCCAAGCCACCGCCGCUGCCGGACCUUGUCCAUCCCCUCCGAGGAGCCGGCGGCAUCGCCUUCAGCCCCGCGCCGUCACCGGCAGCAUCUUCCUCAGAAUCAUCGGAUGAUGAUUAAGAGAUUACUAGGCAACUAGUUAAGCACUAUCCAUAGAUUGGUUGCAACAAGCAAGCAUAUGGAUGACUGACGAAUGUGGUAGGCCUUCUCUCUGCGGGUAUGUCUAAUGGAUGGAUGGAUGGAUGAAAAUUCAUCAUAUUUGCAGC